AUGCCGCAGAAGGACGUGAUCUCCUGGGCGGCGCUCGUUGCCGGCUACCUCCAGAACCAGCAGCUCGCGGAGGCCAAGCGCGUCUUCGAUCGGAUGCCCGCCACCAAUGCCGUGUGCUGCAACACGGUGAUGGCCUCCUUCGCCGGCGCCGAUCGGAUGCCCGAGACGCGAUCGCUCUUCGACCGGAUGCCCGAGAGGACGCUCGCCUCCUGGUCGACGAUGCUGGGCGGCUAUGCCCAGUCGGGGCAUACCGCCUCCGCCAAGAGCUUCUUCGAUCGAAUGCCGCAGAGGGACGUGAUCGCCUGGAACUGCAUGGUGGUGUCCUACGCUCGCAAUGGUCACGUCCGCGAGGCCCGCGCGAUCUUCUCCGCCAUGCCCGAGCACGACGAGGUCUCCUGGACAGUGGCGAUCGCGGCGUGCGCUCACAAUGGCUACCUCGAGCAGGGGCUGGAGCUCCUGAGCUACAUGCUCCUGGCAGGGAUCUCUCCCGACGACGUGACUUUCCUCUCGAUCCUCGCGGGUUGCAGCCAUCUCGGGGAGCUCUCCAGGGGGGGAGAGUUCUUCCGGAGGAUGGUCGGGGAUUUCUUCCACGAUCCGAACCGGGAGCACUACUCGAGCGUGGUGGACAUGCUGGGGCGUCUCAAGCUGCUGGAUCAAGCGCGGGAGCUGAUCGAUACCAUGCCUUUCGUCCCGGACGCGGUGGCGUGGACGGCCUUGCUGACGGCGUGUAAGCAGCACAGUGACACACAGGGGAGCUUGCGAGCCGCGGAGAUGGUCUCGCGCCUGGCGCCCAGGAGUGGAUCGUCCUACGUCUUGCUCUCCAACGCAUUCGCGAGUGGAAUCGCUAGCCGCGGGGAGCUGGUUUCCAAGAUUGAUGAUCACGACCCGCUGGAAGCAUUCGAUUGUUCUUGA